AUGAAUAGAUACGAUAGUCUAGAGUACAAUAAAGGAGCUGAGGAUCAGCCUCGUAGGAAGGUUAUAAUAGAUGGUAUGUUGGACAUUGAUUGUACAGCUGAUACUCGCCAUCAUACAGAGGCUCAGCAUCGGAGGAGAAUCCUUAUUGAGGGUGCGCAUAGACCUGUUGGAUAUGCUGCUGCUGGGUGGAGACGACCGGCGGAUGAGUUCCUAUUGGAAGACCCAACGCCUACCGAAUGUGACGUCGAUGUCCACAACGCUUUAAUGCAGCAGAUCGAGAGUGCUCAGUGCAAUGAGGGUGAUGGUGUGGACAAUUUCGGAACGGGAACUGGCCGCAUUGGUAUAGCCUGGUUACUAGGCAUCAUUUCCAAAGCUGGCAAGGCACCUUUGUUUUUCCUAUACGAGUCGUUGGAGGCCUCGAGACGGGCCCAUAGAGGGUGGGCAUUCCGGAUACUCGAGCGGCGACCUGAGGCGGCGGAGCUCCAGGUACGAUCCUUCAACGUGGAGGAGCUGCUGGGUGAGGAUUUCGAGCUGCCAGCUCACAGUGUGGUCUCGUCCAAUGCUCAGAAGCUCACUGAUGCUGACCUUGAUCCCGACGGCUUUUAUUGGCUUUAUCCUGAGCGCUUGGCUGAUCCUCGGUUGCGGAGGGAGCGGUUGAAAGCGUUAUUGGAGAGGCAAGCUGAGGAACGCUUGCUCAAGGCUGCCCGCCUGGCAGCUAAGGAAGCGGAGAAUGCUCGGUUCGUAGCAGUGCCAUUGGAGCAGCGACAACAUCAGGAGCUUAUGGACCGACUGCAGCGACUCUUUGUGGAGUGUUGGAGGCCUCGGAUAAUCCCACCAGCUGGGACGAAGGGAGGCGAUUCGACUGACAGUGACGCUAGCUGGAUACUGUUGCCGUGGGAAAGGGAGGAGCUUGCUAAACGUGUUGAUGCUGAUAUGCUCAUGGACACACUCACCUGGCUGUAUCGUAUUCAUAGUAACCUCACUCACCAUAAUGAGCUGUACGUCACUGCUGGGAUCCAGAUGUGUAGUUUGGUUGAUGCGGCCAACAACAGGCGGUCGGUCCCGGAUGUGGAGAAGGGCGAGAUGCUCCUUAGUGACUUCACAGCAGUAGUGCCAUAUGUCGAUAACGUUGAGAGUGAGCUUCAUGCUAAGCUGCUCUUCGGCCGCUUAUGUAGGCUUUGCAGGGUGGACCCGAGCACAGCGGAGUCUCUACAGUGGGCGGCGGUGCUGAAGGCGUGUCGGCUACAUAAGGCGGCCUUGUCCCCAGCGGGGGGUAGGCGACAGCAAAGGGCGCCGUCCAGGCUGGUGGAUCCGGUGUCUUUGAUAAGGAGGGAUUUGGAAUCUACUACUAAGAUGGUAAGAGGAGAAAUAAUGAGGCUGCAUGUACCGAUGGAAAAGUUUAACGAGUAUUUCCUGGAUCCGGCUAAUAUUGAGAUGCUGGUUGCAGAGCACCAGACGUGGUCACGUAUGGCGGUACAAUUGGACGGUUUAGUCAGCUUCAGUACGUCGGAGUUAGAGAAGUUGCUGGGUGGGAGGACGAAGCCAGCGGAUGUCGCUUCUAAGAAGGAAGUGAAGGAAACGCCUUUAUCCGAGUUGUCUUACUACUUGCCUAUGCAACGGUGUCUGGACCUCUUUAAGGAGUAUUGGACCGCACGGGUCAUCCCUCCUGCGGUGGAUAGAGAGCUUAUGGAUCCUACUGGGGUCCUCCUUGAUCACGAGGUGACGACUAUCAACACCCUAUUCCGUCAGAACAAUCUGUCGGGUUUGUUCAAGUACCUGACGCAGGUCCACACUGUAUUGAAGGACGCUGAGGAAGCAUAUGUGAAGUAUGGGCGGAUGAUGGUGAGGAUCAUCAGGCAGGCACAGUAUACUAGGAAUUGUAUGCUCGACCCCGACACAGGACGUGGUCAUUAUGGGGAAGACUUGACUUACUUCAGCCGACGGGACAAUAUGGAGGCUAAUAAGGAGCUCGAAGGGACGUCCACAGUAGAUGCGGAGGAGGUGCUUAUAGGUGUUGCUGAUUCUGGUAUGGGGAAUGCGGCUUUGCCUUAG